AUGGCUUCCAUGGAAAAUACUCAAAAAAUGAAGCCCAGAAGAACUACUACAUCGAGAUCAACCAUACUAGCCCAUGCAGCCGCGUUGUCUUUUUCUGCUGUUCUUCUUGUGAUGAUCUUAUUCUUCAGCACCUUUUCUUUCAGCUUCAGAGAAUAUGAUCAUCAGCUUCUGGGGCCAGCCUGUGAUGAAAUCUACGUAGUUGCAGAGGGAGAAACGCUUCAUACCAUCAGUGACAAGUGUGGCGACCCUUUCAUCAUUGAGCAAAACCCUCAUAUUCAGGACCCUGAUGAUGUUUUCCCCGGACUCAUCAUUAAGAUCACUCCAGCAACAGCUUCUUCUACCGUGUAA